AUGCACUGCAACUGCUCAGAAGGCAUCCUGGCUACCCCUGUCAACUACUGGAUCUCAGGUCUGGCCUUGCCUGAUUGGGCCUACAAAGCGGAGUCAUCACCAGGCUCCCGGCAGAUCCAGCUGUGGCACUUCAUCCUGGAGCUGCUGCAGAAAGAAGAGUUCCGCCAUGUCAUCGCCUGGCAGCAGGGAGAGUACGGGGAGUUUGUCAUCAAGGAUCCAGAUGAGGUGGCUCGCCUCUGGGGCCGCAGGAAGUGCAAGCCACAGAUGAACUAUGACAAGCUGAGCCGGGCCCUCAGGUAUUACUACAAUAAAAGGAUCCUGCACAAGACCAAAGGCAAGAGGUUUACCUACAAAUUCAACUUCAGCAAGCUCAUGGUAGCCAACUGUCCUCCAUGGAAAGUGUGGGCACCCUCUGCCCCUCACCUGCUGUUGGGGGCCCCUGCCCUGUGUCAGUCAGCCUUGGUGCCUGUGGCUGUGCAGAAUGAGGUAGGCAUGAAGGCCAUCCCUGUCCUCAGAGCUCUGGCAGGACCUGUCCUUCUGUCCUGGAGGUCCCAGGCCACUCUCCACCUUAGAGCCCUCCCCUGCUGGUCUCCAGUAAUCUUCCAUAGCCUAGUUCCCGAGUACACCAAGAGCUAGUCUUUGUGAGCCAUACCCACCUGUGAGGAAGGGCCAUUUCUG